AUGAUCACUUUAGGGAAGUAUAGGACGCUUUUGGUUGGCAUAGAGACUUUUCGCUACCAUGUUGUAACUAGUAGCGCAAAAUAUGUUUGCAGACAUGGUGCAUAUAGCAAGACUGAAUUCUCAACCGCUUUAGUAUCUUCGCCCGACGCCUCAUUAACGACGAAUUCCGGUAGGUAA